AUGCGAAGUGAUGCCACUGUUGAAUCACGACCAGUUUUGUUUCUGUUGAGGAUCUUCUUAGAUACAGAGCGCAGACCAGGUGGAGAGAAUAUCGAUCAUUCAGAGCGCUCGAAGCCUGGGAAGAGAAGUGAGCGGGUGAAAUCGGCAAGGCUCGGAAGCCGUAAGAAAUUGGUCAUCUGUUCACUUUUUGGUAACCUCGCGCUGGCGAGCAUACUGCCCCGCGCUGAGAACGUAAAGAUCAGUGCUACACCCUUUUUUCACCUGUGCCUUUCAGCUGAACGACAGCCACUGACCGACAAGAAAAAAAGCGACCCGGGAAACUUGGGCAAUAGCCUCGAUCCUGUGUAUCAAUCCUUAACAACAAGAGUUUAUAACUUCUUGCGGUUUGAACUAAUGUCACAAACGCGAAUCAAUGUUGUCAAAGAGCGAUUGCAUGAUUAUCUUUACGAUCCGAUUUACACGCUUUCAAGUGAAAGAGAUCAUGAAAGGGUUGCGAGAAGAGCACGCAACCGACUAGGUCGCCUGGAGAAACUUUUUAAUUUCCAUAAUUUAUUCAGCGAAAUCCCAGUCUAUCGGCCCUUUGAAUGGAAAUUUGGUGGAAGAGACCCAGUUCCACCUUCUGUCGCUAGAGAAUUCCGUCCUUCCGACAUAUGUGGAGAACUUUUAAAAAGGAAGCUAAAGGCUACCGGCGUAUAUCACUUUGAAGAUGAUGUUGCUGGAUUCCAAAGGUCAAAGUACUUCAACCACUGCAUAACAAACGUCGGAAGAUAUGCAGCUGAUGAUCCAGUUCAACUGAACUUGACUUUAGACAGAAUGGCAGCUGGCAACCUUUUGCUCGACAGGUGUGGCAUCCAUUACGGUCCUACGUACACCUCGAAAUAUGUUCAGACAGAUUACCGGGAUUCGGAGGCACAGACAGAUCCUUAUUCGCCUCCUUAUGUGGUAAACGUGGGUGAAACUCCGGAAGUGCUUACUCUGGCCACUUUGGGAUACAAAAGAGGCUUGCCUGCUGGGAUCCACGAUGUGGAUAUGAUUGAACGUGCAAGAGAGCGGCACCAAAUCGAAGCCAGUUUGGAGCCAUACAGCCAAAUUGCAAGUUCUACGAGGAAAGUGGAGAAACGUCGAAAGAUUUUGCGUGAGAUGGAACUUCGUGAAUGGUAUUAUCGGGAGAAAGAGGUUGAGGCUUUGCAAGAAGUCCGAAUGAAAGUGUUGGUUCAACUGCUGCGUAAAAGGGAGAUCAACCAGGAAGAGAUAGCUACCAAACGUUUGGAAAGAAUGUGGACGGAACAAGAGGCGGUUAAUGAGUCUCGCAGGAAAGCAAUUCAGAAGCGAUAUAUCACAGCGCUACGGAAGCUGGUACGCCGUCGUCUGGAGACUCAGCAUCAGAAAAAUAAACGUGAUGUAAUAAAGGAAUAUGCCACUCCAUCGUCGCAAGCAUUCGCUCCACUUACCCGGCUCGGCGUGUUUCCAGAUCGAGGAUCCCAGGCAUUCGCUGUAAAGAAUGACUACCUUACCACGUACAACGGACUCCUACAGCUGGAGGCUACCUUCUCAUCCAGUGUACUUCAACCGAAAAUUCAUAUUCCGCCUGUUAAAAUGUAUACUAAAGAGGGUUUCCUCAGAAGAGAAUUUCGGCACCUACAGGAGCUAGCAAGCCUUCAAAAGUAUUUGGAAGGUGCAUUUACCACUUCAUCGGCCCAGUCAAGAAAACCAAGGUUCUUGGAGAAGAUUGAAAGACCACCUCCACGACCAGUAACUCCGACGAUUAUUCCGCCAACAGGAGACUUGGUCCUAGAGCGAGAAGCCGCCGCUGUGACAUUACAAAAACUGCUUCGAGGUCGCGCAGUCCAGACGCAAAUGUUUGAGGGGAAAGAAAAACGCCGCGAACUGAUUGCUGAACUACGCUCUACUCAUGCAUUGCUCGAAGACGACCAGGCCCAAAGAUUGCGGGAGAAAUCGGCCAUUUUUGAAAGGCAACAAAAACACCAGGAGUUAGUGAUCGAAGACGCCCGAAUAGAUGAUGUGCUUUCUAAUUUGGAAUGUGGAAGCUUGGCUGAAAUGCUGGACUUCCUCAGCAAAGAGUUAGACCGUUUGACUGAAGAACGUCGGAUACAUGCAAUGAUUCUUCUGGCGGAGCGUUUUCGACGUAUGCGUGAAGCAGAAGAGAGCGGAACCAGACAACGAGAAGAACGCCGUAGACGUGAACAGGACGAGAUCUUCAAGCAGAUGAUUAAAGUGCAUCAGGAAACAGUUAACGGUUAUCUAGCUAACGUGGCAGGAUUGGCGCUCGAUUCAACUGCAGGGAAGAUUGCUGAAGCUCAAGUUGAAGAGUUCGCGAAAAACUUGGACGCCGUCGCGCAUAGCCUAGAAGGUACCCGGACUGAGCUUCAGUCGGAUUCAGUGGCUGCUGAUAUGGUUUAUAAUUUCCUGAUCCCAGAGGUGAACAGACAAGCUCAUCAAGCAAUGCUGAACGAACGGCAACGAAAGUUUCUGGCAGCUGCUCAUCGUGAAAUAUGGACACCGGCUCACGAGGCAGCUGACAAUGAACCAGUUCUUGGACAGCUAGAAUCGUCCAAGAUCCAUACAGCCGUCAUGACUGAAACGGCUGAAAACCAAGAGAACUCGCAAAACCCCAUGUCAUAAACCAUAUCUUAUGCAUAGCAUAAACACUACUCCUCAUUUACGCGUCACAUUCUGUCUGGAGUAAAGAAGAAACAGUCCUGAG